AUGUCACGCUACAUCCCACCACACCGAAAACGCGCCAGUGAAGUUGAGAGCGGCAAUAGUAAAGGCCCUGGAGAUGAGACCGUCCAGCACGAGGCCUGGCGGGCACUAGGCCGCAGCAUCACAGGUAUUGUGAACAGAGUGAGCGGUGAAAAUGUUGAAUUAUCGGCAACAGAGCUGUUCCGUGAAAAUAUAAUUCGCGGUCGCGGGCUGCUCUGUCGUAGUCUUAUGCGGGCGCAGUUGGUCAACCCUGACAUAACAAACGUGCUUGCAGCACUUGUAAGUCGCGUGAACAAAGAGGUCUCCACUGUCGGGGCCCUACUAUGCAAGCGGCUCGUGGUACAGUGGCGGCGGCUACAUCGGCGAAAAGACUGGGAAGGCUUGCGAUGCGUAAGUCGUUUCAUUGGGUGGUUGUACGUGUUCAAUAUAGUAAACGUGGAGGUCGUCUAUCAAAUCAUGCUCACACACCUUACGGCGGAGCCGCGUACUGACGAUGACGUUGACCAAGCGGCCUCAUUGUUCCGUGAGACGUUCCGCUCCAUGUCACAGCGUGCUGUCUCCGAAUUCCACAUGCACGUGCUGACGCCUAUCCGUGACCUACUUGCAAUGGACAACGACGAGUGGCGGCUCUCAGCGCGUGCCCAAACACUACUAGAGGGAUGUUUACACGAAGUACAGCAGUGGGAGCGCGUGAAACAUUCGAUGAGUAUAAUCCCGGAGCACCUCCUUUUAGUGGAUCCCACAGGACAGAACUGCCACGAGGUGGACUUGGAGGAAGUGACGGAAGCAGAAACAGAGGAAAAACUUGACCGCUUCGUCUACGACUCGGAGUAUGAAGCCCACGAAGAAGCUUAUGAGAAGGUGCGUUGCGCAAUUCUGGGCGAUAACUGGGAGGCGGAGUUGUUGGAGGGGAUCGUUGCCGCAGAAGAUGCUGAUGAAGAGGAAGAGGAGGGGGAGGGAGCGGAAGAACAAGGGGAGACGCAAGGCGGUGUUGACCCAUCUAAACAACUUAUUGAUGAGCGGGAGCGGCAAAUUCGCAGGGAGGUGUACAUGGCGAUGCGUAGUAGCGUUCGGGCGGACGAAGUGGUGCACAAGAUACUGAAGUCCAUUCAACCGGAUGCGGAACGUACCGUGUGCUUUAUGGUGAUAGAAGGCUCUUCUGAGGAGACCUCCUACAGGAAGAUAUACGGUAUGGUAGCAGAACGACUGUGUAAAAGCAACACGAAGUUUCAAGGAUAUUUUGCAGAGGCGUUCCGUCUGCGGUACACGCGUGCCGAGGAUCUAGAGGAAAAACAGAUCGAGUACACAUGCAAAAUUUAUGUCCACUUACUCAGGACGGAUUCACUCCCAUGGCACAAGUGUCUUUCCGUACUUGAUAUUGUUGAAAACAACAUGUCACAGCGUCUAGUCAUUCAGUGGCUUCUACAGGGGCUUGCAGAGGCAAUGGGAAUGCGUGCACUCAUAAAGAGGUUUGAAGACGACAAGGAAUUGAGAAUCAGCACACACAAACUCUUUCCCAUAGACUCAAACACUUCCGAAGAGGAACUGGAGCGGGCGGUUAAUAUGUUUGAGGCAAUGGGGUUGGGUGACUUGGGAAGUAAAACAAGAGGACGGCUGGAAGAGAUCCGCGCCGCAAGACGAGCGAACAGCAGUCACCAUUACUACGGGGCUUCGGGUGAUCCUAGUUAUUGUGACAAUCAAAAGAAACCCAGCAAGCGACUUCGCGAUGGCGCACUGGAGUACGCGUGA